UAAGAAGGAGUGCAGGGCUCUCGCAGUCCGAGCUUUACUGUAUAAGUUGUUCUCUCAACAUUAAGGCCACCCAAAACUCGUACCAUAGUAAAUCAGACGUGUUUUCCACACAAAAGAUUCCAUUGCCUAUAAAUAUAGCAACAUGUCUCAGGCCAAGUACGUCAAAAAAAUUGAUUCGGGAGACGGCGUUCGUAUUGAACAUAAUGGUGGUGGCCUUGAAAAUAGUAAAAUUUCGUUUGAAAGAAGACGUUCAAGACAAGAAAAGGUCCUGUUGGCCAUGUUUCUGGUCGUUUUGGUGGUUGCGAUCGUUUUUGUCGUUCUGUAUGCUUGGCAAGUUACCAGGAAGAACACCGAAGAAGAUCACGAAACGUUGUCUGUAACAAAAAAGGGACCUGCAACAACGAAGAACCCUUUAACAACGAAGAAUCCUUCAGCACCAUCUACAGCAGCAUCAGUCUGCUCUUCCCCAGACUGUGUAUUGACUGCUUCAGAAAUAAUUGGUGCAAUGAACGCAAGUGCAGACCCAUGCGACGAUUUUUACGAAUACGCGUGUGGGACAUGGAUGAAAAAGAAUACCAUUCCAGAGAGCAAGUCGUCCUGGAGUCAGUUCCGUGUUCUUUACCAAAGUAAUGAAAUGGUCAUGAAAAGGCUAAUCCUCGACAAUAAGGAUGCUACAAGAACUAAAUAUAAAGAUAACAAAGCUGUCAUGAAAGGGUUCGACAUGUUUGAUUCCUGCAUGGAUGAAGACAAAAUUGAAAACCUUGGUGCGGAACCACUCUUUGAUUUGAUUAAGGAGUAUGGAUCCUGGAACGUUACGGACGGAAACUGGACGGAGGAUUCGUGGGACUUCAUGGACAAUUUCGUGAAGAUUCAAAAAUAUCUGUCGAUAGCGCCUCUCUUCAACAUGUAUGUUUCAGCUGAUCUUCGAGAUUCUACGAAAAAUAUCAUUGUGCUUGACCAGUCUGGAAUUUCCAUUUCUCAAGAAGGUUUUUUGAAGAACACAUCUUAUCAUGUCAAGGUCCGUACAGCAUACAAAAAACUCAUGAUUGACGUCGGGAAGCUUCUCACCGGUGACAAUCCAAACACAGAGGCGCUGAUGAAAGAAAUUUACGAUUUCGAAGAAUCUCUUGCAAAGUCAUUCAUUCCCAGAGAAAAACGAAGAGACACCAAUAAGAUGUACAAGAAGAUGAAGCUUAGUGAGUACAUCAAAUCCGUUGGAAAUACGAUUGACAUGAUGGAUUUUCUCAAGAAGAUGUUCAAUGAGACAGGUUACAAUAUCACGGGAGAUGAAAUAAUCGUGGGGCUAGCACUUGACUACAUCAAGAAUAUGACAGAAAUUUUUAAUUCAACUAGCAAAAGAGUUCUAGCCAACUACAUGAUGUGGCACGUGGUACUUCGUUUCUCACCGUAUUUGAGUUUCAAGUUCAGAGAAGCUUUCAAAGAAUACCAGAAAACUGUUAGCGGGACCACUGCUGAAGAUCCUCACUGGCAGGAAUGUCUAGGUGUCGUGAGCGGAUCUUUCGGCAUGCCACUCGGUCUGUUGUAUGUUGACGAGACGUUUGAGGGAGAAAGCAAAAAAUCGGCCGAGGAAAUGAUUCACGACAUCCGACAAGUUUUCCUUGCCAAUCUGGAAAAACUGGACUGGAUGGAUGAAGAAACUAAACUAAAAGCAAAAGAAAAGGCUCUAGCAAUACGGGAGAAUAUUGGCUAUCCUGAAUACUUGACAAACAAAACUGCGCUAUACUCGUUGUUCAAAGGGUUUGACGUAAAAAAAGACCAAUACUUCAAGAAUAUUGUGCAAUCCCAAGCAUUUUUUAACCUCAAAAACUACGCCAAAAUGGGCAAACCAGUUGACAAGGAUAGGUGGUCCAUGACUCCUCCCACUGUAAACGCUUACUAUUCUUCCAUUGAAAACAAAAUCGCUUUCCCUGCUGGAAUCCUGCAGAAACCAUUUUACGAUCACAGAUUCCCCAAGGCUCUCAACUAUGGAGGAAUCGGAAUGGUUGUUGGACACGAAAUCACUCAUGGCUUUGAUGACAAUGGUCGACUGUUUAACAAAGAUGGUAACUUGGCGAAGUGGUGGUCAAACAGUUCUAUUACAGCUUUUAAAAACAAAACAAAGUGUCUUGUGGACCAGUACUCCAAUUAUGAAUUUCAUACCAAGAACCUAAAGGGCCAGCAAACCCUUGGGGAAAAUAUCGCGGAUAACGGCGGGAUCAAACAGGCAUUUCAGGCCUAUCAGAACUGGAAGAAAAGGCGAGGCCCAGAGCCACCUCUCCCCGGUUUGAAAGACAUCACUAAUGAACAGCUCUUUUUCCUUGGGUUUGCUCAGAUCUGGUGCAGCAAAUACCGCCCGGAGACGGCUAUGCGCCAGGUGGAUUAUGGUGUUCAUAGCCCUGGAAAAUUCAGGGUACUGGGCUCUUUAUCGAACUUUGACGAAUUCGCUAAGGCUUACAAGUGUCCUAAAGGAUCUCCAAUGAAUCCUGCGAAAAAAUGCGCUGUGUGGUGAACAAGUUUGUUGAUGACCUUGAAUAGAGAGAUCUUCCAAAGGAAGCAAGUGUCAAAGAACGCUGAUAGAUAAUUGUAGGAGAUAACAUCUCUAUAUCAUUUUCGCAAAGAAAAACAAAACCAACACUAUACUUGUCAGUUUGUAGAUAUGUUCUAAAAGGGACUUUAUAAAGAGCUCGAGAAACGUGCAUAGUUAUAGAGACAUUGCUUCACCGGUUCAGUUUAAACGUCUAAAUUUUCAUCGUUAAAAGUUUUUAUCGCAAUUUCCGCGCUUUAGCGCGAAUUUUUAUGAUUAAGAGACAAACCAAUCGUUUAUAUGAAUUCAAGGCUCAGUUUAUUGAAUACUGCCUGGCUGCAGUUCAGUUGU